AUGGAUUUUACAAACACGAAAGACUUUGGCGAGACCAAGGCAAUUGCUCAGCUUGGUGGUGGCAUCGCAAUCAUCGACUCGGCUCCGGAGCCUGUCCCCGAAUUUCAUACACUAAGCGAGCGCUAUGGCAUCCACGUACAAGGCGACAUCACGGACCAGGAAUCGAUAGAGAAGGCGUUUGCGCAGUGUGUUCGUUCUCUCGGACAACUGCAUGGCGCGCUGACAGCAGCCGGUAUUUGUGUGGAUAAACCAUUGCUUGAGCCUGACUGGGAAAGCACGCAGCGGACAUUGAAUGUGAAUGUCAUGGGCACAUUUUGGGUUAUCAAGUUACUGGCACGCCAUUUUACUGAUGAAAAGAUACCUGGAAGCAUUGUUGCCAUUUCCAGCGUCAAUGGCCACGGGCUGUAUGUUCCUGUCCAGCCGCAAUCCUCGUAUAAUGCCAGCAAAGCCGCGAUCAAAGGCCUGGUAGGUCCACUGGCGGGCGAACUGAGCCAGUAUGGGAUUAAAGUCAACCCUAUUUCACCAGGAGCUAUUCGAACGCCGCUUCUUGCACGCCUAGAAGGGGAAAAGCGAGACAUUCCUGACUGGCAUCAGAACGGUGCACCUUUUCAACGACUUGGGCUGCCCAAAGAUCUAACGCCUAUGGUUUGUUAUCUACUGAGCGAUGCUUCAGCUUCUACGACAGGUGCGGACAUGCUCAUCACAGAACUUCAGCUGGACUACACGCUGGCCCAGCGCGCAAAUAGCGACCCAAGUCUGGCCCAGUUGAAUUUCAAUAUACUCAUUGUUCUCAAGUCUUGA